AGAUGUACUAUUUAUAACUAGUACUUAACACUGAAAAAAUCGACUAUUUUGUCGGCAUAUUACGGAAGCAGAGUAGAAUCUCAGAAUUAUGUUACAGUCGUAGGUUGAAAUGGAACAGCUAUAUGUUAUCGUAGAUUCAUGCAUAGGCGAUUUCGCUAUAUAUAGCUAUUUCUGCGGAUCGUGUUAGAAUUUUCUGUAAUGUUUCCCAGAUAUUGUGAGCGCAAGCAAACAUGUUCAACGUCUAUAUUCAAGGAAAUAUUGCUUGCAUAUUGAACAUUUAUUUGAAGAAGUUUGUAAAAGAUUGUUUUCCCUAUACGUUUCAGCAAAUAGAUUAGAAAGCAAAGCUUGUGUCACCGUAAUCAAAACGCCGCUGAUAUUUUCAAUGCCUUGGUUACUAGAAACCAGUAUUAUAACUAAAUGGAAAAGUUAGAGUGAUUUGUGAAAUACGUAAGAAAAAUGUCCCGUACAUUAUAAAGAUAACUGAACUUGUUAAAAAAAUUAGAAAAACAAAAAACGAUGAUAUAAGAAUGAACAUAAAUACAGUCAAAACAAUGUCAAUAAUGUAAAGGAGAUACCGUUAAGUGAGCCACAAGUGGCAAUACUUUUUCAAGAACAAUUGAGUCAUUGCAGGCAGGUGCAAGCAAAAAUAUUGCUUCAAGCACAAGUUAGUCAUUGUCACGUUUGCAGGUGCCUUUCAAUCAGCAAAAGUUCUUAAAUGGCAUCGGCUUAAUCGUACAAACAAAUGGAACACUAGAUACUUAAGCGCACAGAAACAAUUGCAAUGUUUAGAUGCGGAAAGGAAACAGAAAAACCAAAAACCGUGCAAAUAGUGGGUAUAUUUAUCACAUUUCAUAUUAUAACAAUACAAACCACAUUUGACUGACUGGUCUUAUAAUUUUUAUCAUGACAAAAACAUAUUCAAACAUUUUUUGGUUUUGUGUGUUAAAUUUGGGGCUUGCAAUCGGAAAUUACUUGAUGAUGCAACGAUUUGGAGAAGGUUUACACAGAAAGGAGAAGUCAAGAAGUAUUUAUAAAAAUGAGAAGAGUAUAACUCAGAAAGAACAAGGCUUGAAAUACUUCAGAAUCACAUGGUAUAACUUACCAGCAAUUUUGAAAGGAAAACCUAAAGUCGUGAACAUGGGAUUUGAAAGAUGCGACUACAGCAAUUGCAAAAUGUCUUUUAACAAUUCCGAUGCAGGAUAUAGUGAUGCAAUUAUUUUUACAGGCUUUCAUUUUCCGUAUAAAUUGCGUUUUAGUCGACCAAAUGGCCAAAUUUGGAUAUUUUAUGAACAUGAACCUCCCUACAGAUAUAGAAAACAAAAAUACAGUUGGCUUCCAAUUUACUCAAUUAAUUGGACAAUGACAUAUGAUGAAAGUGUUUCUGAUAUACAUUUACCAUACGGGGAAAUAAAAAAUAAAUCAAGUAAGACAAAUAAGAUUAAUGAGGUAUUAAUGCGGAGUAAAAACAGAACAGCACUUAUAGUAAUGUCUCACUGCAAAACUCCCGCCGACAGGCUUAGAUAUGUAAACGAAUUAAAAAAGUUUAUGGACGUUGACGUUCUUGGUGCAUGUGGUACUAAAUGGAAUUGCGGAAACAGUUUAGUACAAUGACGAUUGUUUUGAACUAUUAAACCAUUACAAAUUUUUCUUAGCGUUCGAAAACUCGUUUUGUAAUAAUUAUUUCACAGAAAAUAUUUAUGAAAAUUUU